CAGUGAGUGUAAUCUAAAGGAAAAAGAGAGGCACAUGGCGCCAUCUUGUGCCUGCAGCUCCAUAUUACAGACCGGUAUAAGGUUUCCGGUGUUAUGGCGACCACCGGCAACAUCUUCGCUUCAGUGUGGAGGACAGCGAGCUGUGUAUUCAGGCUGCUGUGAAGAGAAGGCGACUAUCUCAUAUGUCUGGGUGAUUCUGACUAUGCUGCUCUUGGUAGCACUGGGUAUCGUUUUUUCUUUCACUGUGGUCACCACCGAGAGGGUUGAGAACACCAACCACAAACCACCAUCACCGCCGCUCAAUUACAGCUGGAUCUCUCUGCCACCAGAACACAUACCCUACUUCCUCUACAACAACAAGAAGGUUGCCAAGCAAUGCCGCCUGGACCCACUCUGCCCUUUUAAACAGGAUGCACUGCAGGAUCUGGCACUCUGUUGGGGUUAUGAGAAGAACUGUGAUCCAGGGAAGCGUUUCAGCUAUCCUGUGUGUACCAAGGCUGACUCUGGAUGGACCCGUUCACUGGAUGCAGCCCAGGAGCUUUUCUGGAAGCAGGCUGACUUUGGCUACGUCCAGGAGCGUCUCACUGAGCUCAAAACACUCUGCAAGGCCAGCAAGCCAGGGGACUCAUCAUUAAAAUGUAGCAGCCACACUCGCUUCUGUAAGGCAACCAACCUUUAUCUGGACCUGCGUAAGCCACGUAGAAGCCAUGAGAGAUACAGGGAAGACUUCAUUCAGAGGGGAGAGAUUGGUGGUCUUUGCAGACUGAACAAGAAAGCACUUGCGGCUGAGGGAGAGCACAAGAGCCCCUUACAAUCCUGGUAUGCUGAGCUGCAGACAUACACCGAGCUAGACUUUGAUCCCAUAGAGGAUGGACACUGUGACAUCAUCGUUGAAAAACCCACAGUUUUCAUGAAACUAGAUGCUGGGGUGAACAUGUACCACCACUUCUGUGACUUUGUCAACCUCUACAUCUCCCAGCACAUCAAUAACUCCUUCAGUUCAGAUAUCAACAUCAUCAUGUGGGACACGAGUUUUUAUGGUUAUGGAGAUCUGUUCAGUGAAACAUGGCAGGCCUUCUCACAGUAUGACAUCAUCCACCUGAAGACCUAUGACUCAAAAAGAGUGUGUUUCAAAGACGCCUUCUUCUCCCUCCUCCCGAGAAUGAGAUAUGGCCUCUUUUACAACACUCCACUCAUUUCGGACUGCUACAGUGAAGGGAUGUUCAGGGCAUUCUCCCAGCAUGUCCUCCAUCGACUGAACAUCCCACAAGAUGGGCCUAAGGAGGGGCGUGUUCGUGUCACCCUGCUGGCUCGCAGCACAGAAUACAGAAGGAUAUUAAACCAAGUGGAGCUGGUAAACGCCCUCAAGACUGUGCCUUCCCUGGAGGUCAAUGUGGUGGACUACAAAUACAAGGAUGUUCCCUUCCUGGUGCAGCUGAGGAUCACCCACAACUCUGACAUCUUUAUAGGGAUGCACGGAGCUGGUCUCACACACCUCCUCUUCCUCCCUGACUGGGCUGUCAUCUUUGAGCUAUAUAAUUGUCAGGAUGAGAGCUGCUAUCGAGAUUUGGCUCGGCUGCGGGGCAUUCGAUACGUGACUUGGCAGAAAAUGGACAAAGUGCUCCCACAGGACAAGGGUCACCAUCCAACCCUCGGGGACCAUCCCAAGUUUACCAACUACUCCUUUGAUGUGGCGGAGUUCAUGCGUCUCGUGCUGGAGGCAGCUGAUCACGUCAGACACCAUCCCAAAUGGCAGCGCAGGGCUCUUCAUGAUGAACUCUAGAGUCUCUGUGAAUGUGGGACACACACAUCAGGCUGCUGAGGAACUCUUAACAUGAACCUGCCGUUGUUUUUAAAGUCACCUCUGCCACCAGUGAGUAUCAGUGGUCUGGCAGAGUCACCUCCUGUCUGCUGCUUUGAUAGGUCAGGAUGGGCAAAAGCAGUAUGGUGGACAAGUUGGAGGUUAGCUCCCACCAGCUCCAUUAGUGUCAAAUCAGUUAAAGGACGAGAAGAGUGCAGUGUUGAAGCAUCUGGAGAGCGAUGAGAUGUGUCCUAUGUUUCUUCAUUACCUCCGCUGCGUCUACUUCAUUCUACACCGACAAAGUUAGCUAAUGAGCAGCUGUUACGGCAUCCCUUCACAUGCGACAUCUUGUCACAUUUGAUCAGAGUCACCUUGAUGCGCGCCUCUUCAGAGCUGUUGACAAUCACAACGCCAGAGUUUUUGAACACAUCCAGCACACGACAGUCUAAUAUGACGGGUGCAGUGCUCACAUGCUGGAUUCACAACUUGAAUUGCAGACUUCGACUUUUUGUUGCAGGAAGUUGGAUUUGUGAACUCGUGUAGUUUUCAUUUAUGUUAAGUGUUAACAAAAAUAACUCUAAAAAUAGGAGACAGAAAGUAAAACACUCAAGCCACCGAGAGGAAUCCCUUUACUAUCAGUAUUAGCAUGCUUGUGUAUGCAAGUUCAGGAACACUUUUAAAAUGAUUUGAUACCAAGUACAGUGAAACACAUGAAAAACUUUUUGUCAGUGAAAUUGAACACUCCAUUGUUUUAUGCAACCCUAUGACAGUAAUGUUAAUAUCAAAAAUACCUGGCAGCUUUUUAUAUGUACCUUUUAAUAUUUGCAUCUGUAUUUACAGUUUACAUUCCUAACAUUUGGUAUUUAAACAUACAGUGUGUAUUUGUCUUGUUGGUUUGAUGCUGUUGAUACUGAUGUCUAUUUUAACUAUUCAUUCCUUUGCAUUUUCCCAAAGGAACUGCUUUGUUAAGAUGGUCAAAGUAUGAGCUACUGCUGAUGUACAUUACUUUUCCUUAAGCCUUUUGAAUACUGUAAGUCAGAUAUUUUACAUUAGACUAGUCUGAAAAGGAACAAGCACAAUAUGCAUGCCGUCUGGUGCAAUGCACAAGAAUAUCUGGGGUGCUAAGAAGAUAAUUUUUCUUAUUUCUUGGCCCUCAGUGAGCUUGAUGAUUUAUUUAUAGUUGAAACCAUGUUGAACUCGGCCGGACCUAUUUGGUCAGGGCUGCGCUAGACUUGUAGGCAAUUUCAUAUUCAGAAGCUGUGUAAUAUUUUGAAAUAAAUAAUUCUCAAAAAUGC